AUAUUUGCUGUUUUCAUGCUCGUUCAAGAAUAGCAUCUAAUUCAUCUUGUUGAGUUGACUGGCGCCAUCUCAAAGAUGAAGCUUAUUUUCACAUUUUUCUCACUUCUCAUAUAACUAGCUAAUCUUGACUAAACAACAGGUUUUUAACCUUGAUCCAUAUGUCGUGUCGAAUAAAAUGUAUUCAAUAUAGCAUCUCUUUGCUUCUAUUUGUUAAUUUAAUAGGUGGAGUGAGUAAUGAACAGUUUUUAAUGGAAAAAAAUUACACCUUUUAAGUGCAGAAAACAAGUUGAGCUGGGUAAAAAGCAGCGUAUUUUUAUGCAAAAUGGAUAUUCAAGAAUUCUUUAUCUUGUUCAUGUGCACCCACUUGGUUAGCUGUCUAACCCGACUUGAACUUUGCAAUGAAGUACCAAAGUUUUUCCCAAAUUUCUGCGAAUAUCCGUUGGCUGUGAAACAUUGUGCAAAUUUGUGCGACCAAACGUCAAAAGAUAGCAGCCUCCUACAUUGUGGUAGGGAGCCCAGCAUAUAUUUGAAACGCAGACGUCACAGGAGAAUUGUAGGAGGGAGAGCAGGUAUCGAAGGACAGUGGCCGUGGCAUGUCAGCUUGCGUAUGAACGACUACCACGAAUGCGGCGCCACGAUUUUGUCUAAGCAUCUCUUAAUAACAGCCGCCCAUUGUUUUGAUGAUAAUUACACCAGCACAGAACCAAGUAAUUUUUCUAUCGUAGCCGGUGCUUUCAAAAAAUCAGUUUUAGGAGUAAAACAGCAGCUGCUUAACAUCAGGAAAAUCAUGAGACACAGAGGUUAUAAAGUGGAUUUUUACCCUAGGGCGGACCUAAAUUUUGUGGUGGCAACUGAUGAUGUAGCCAUUAUCGAGACAGAUGAGUCAAUAACGCUACAGGAUGAUAACAAAGAUGCUAUAUGUCUUCCUGACGAGCACAAUCUUAUCCCAGACAAUUACAGCUGCUUUAUUGUCGGGUGGGGACUGCGUAAAUUUUUAAAUACUAAGCGCAUCCCUAACAAAUUAUAUCCAGAAGAAUUGAAUUACGCCGAAAUUACGACAGUUUCGACAAGCAUAUGCAAUCAAGAAGUUUCGUUUAAUAAUACUAUAAAUAGCACAAUGACGAUAUGUGCAGGUGAUUCGAAUGCCACAACAAGUCCUUGUAACAAAGACAGUGGAGGUAGCCUCGCUUGUAAAAAAAAUGGUGUAUGGUAUAUAAAUGGUAUAAUAUCCAGCGGUUUCAAAUGUGGGGGACCUGAUGCGUACAGUUUGUAUACGAACGUAAGAAAUUAUAAGAGAUGGAUGCUAGAAACACUUUUCAAUGACACAUCUUCGACAUCUGGUAAUGACACAUCUUCGACAUCUGGUAGCGUAGUGAAUUGUUAUCAUAUGUACGUUAGUUUUAGUUUUGUUAUUUUCAAAUUAUUUGACAAUCUAUUUUAGAAAAAAAAUAUGUAAAAAGAAAGUUCUUUUUCUUGCUCU